GGCCGCGCCGGCCGCCGUCGGGCCGCGGCCGCCAUGGAGUUCCCGGACCUGGGCGCGCACUGCUCCGAGGCGGCCUGCAAGCGCCUGGACUUCCUGCCCCUGAAGUGCGACGCCUGCGAGCAGAUCUUCUGCACCGACCACAUCGCCUACGCGCAGCACAGCUGCACUUCGGCCUACAAGAAGGAUGUGCAGGUCCCCGUGUGUCCUCUCUGCAACACCCCAGUCCCUGUGAGGCGGGGGGAGAUGCCCGAUGUCGUGGUGGGGGAGCACAUUGACCGUGACUGCAAGUCUGACCCUGCACAGCGCAAGCGCAAGAUCUUCACCAACAAGUGUCUGAAGCCUGGCUGCAAGCAGAAGGAGAUGAUGAAGGUGAUCUGUGACCAGUGCCACAAGAACUACUGCCUCAAGCACCGGCAUCCCCUGGACCAUGACUGCAGUGGGGCAGGGCGUCCCCUCUCCAAAGCUGGUCACGCUGCAGUUGCAAGAGCCGAGGCAUCCUCCGCCAAAGCAGUCACUGCGUCGAGCAGCGGAGCUUCCCGGCAAGCAGACAGCCCCUCUGUUCCAGCCUCUGCCAGAGGAGGCAGACCAGCCAGCUCCCAGACUCACAGCACCUCCCCUCCAGCUGUCAUGCUGCAGAACGGACUGAGUGAGGAAGAGGCACUGCAGCGAGCUCUGGAGAUGUCACUGGCAGAGUCAGCACUCAACUCUGAGCAGCCACCCAGCAGCACGCAGGAAGAGGAAGAUCUGGCGCUGGCCCAGGCACUGUCAGCAAGUGAAGCUGAGUACCAACAGCUACAGCGGCAGAUGCACGGUUCAAAGCCAUCAAACUGCAGCAUGUCCUAGGCCUGCAAGGCAGGGUGUGCCAGCGGAUGUGGGACCUGCUUGUGACCCAAGGAAUGGCUGUGGCCUACCAGUUGGAUGCUGUGUGGUUCUGGCCUGCAUACUGAUAAUAAGAGCCCUUUGCCAGGGACAAAUGAUCUCCUUGGGGGCUGUAAGCAAGCUACUAACCACACCCUGGCAGCAUAGGCCUGUAGAAAAUUGGUGCAGCAAAUUGCUGACGCUCCUGGAGAAGUGGCAACUGUGGGACAAGGCCCAGCGCGGACUGACCAAAGCAAGCAGCUGCCCAUAGUGUGCACUUUGCCUACAGCUGCUGUGGCUGUGUCCCAGGGCUGCAGUGCCCGGGGGACUAUGUGGUGUAGAUGGAAGUGAGGGCACAGCUAGUCUGGAGGGGAAGAGUUGCAUGGGGCCAUUUCUGUGUGCUUGGACAUACAGUUGAGAUGUAUCUGCCAGUAACAGGGGCCUGGAUUUCAUCCUCUGGGGAGGGUCCAACCAACCUCUCAGCAGACAACAGCAGUGCCUGGAAAGGGGUCUCACCAUGCGCGUGGCACAACUGAACCUUGAAGGGCCGUGCCCUUCCCCACUCCUCAUGUCCUCAGUGCCUCCCCUGCUGUUUGCAUGCACAAGAGCACAUUGGGCCUUACCUAGCUCAGCUUGGGACACUCGUGUUUGCACAGGGCGAGGACCUCUCUGAGGCUGAAUGAAGGCAUGUUUCCUUUCUAGUUUAAAUUUACAAGGACUGUUAACUGAAAA